AUGGCCGACACCCCAACCGGAAACCGCAGCCGCCCAGCCCGGACACCUGCAGGGCGGACUCCGUCCCAGAAGACGCCUUCUGGCCGCACAUCCAACCCAGAUGCAUCCGUCCACACACCGCUCGACCGGACCGGGCCUCGCGAGCUUGCGAAUUCCGUCCGUCGAGGUCUCAGCGCCUCGGGCCGCAAGAAUAACAAUGCACCCACGCCGCACGCGACAGCCGCGCGGCGGGCACUCGAGCAGCGUCGGACGGCCAUGUUUACGCCUGGCAAGAACCGCCGACGCAGCUUGCGCGAGCAGCACCAGACACCCAUGAAUAUCCUCAAUCAGCUCGCGAAGCGGCUGGCGCCGUCGACGCAGCAAGUAGCCGCGAGCUCCUCGCCGGCAGACAGGGAGCCGCAGUCGGGCUUGCAAUCUAUAGGGGAACGCGAGGAAGCGGCCGACGAAGACGACUACAUGGACGACGAGCCAGACGUGCAGGGGGACUACGACGACGACGAUGACGACGACGACGAGCUGCCCGCACCACCGCGAUUGUCGCUGCCGCUGCAGGAGGACGAUGAUGACACCGUGGAGCUUCGGCCGCCGCGAUUGUCGGUGAUUCCCGACGACAACAUUACAAACUAUACUGUAGGAUCCGUGGAACUACCGCGCGACCAGCCAGCAUCUAGGUAUUCGCGCGGUAGCUUCGGCAGCGUGCGCGGCAGCGACUACUUUGGUCUAAACGACCCAACAGUGGAAAUGACUGGACGGCAGUCGGACUUUUUUCCGGGCUCAUUGUUGGAGGACCUGCGAGACAGGGCACAAGACAACGCAGCAGCAUUUGAUCGAUUUGAAAUCGAUGCCACGAUGCGCACGAUUGGUCGCCAAAGUGACUUUACGCUCGGCGUUCCUGCAGACAUGGGCGAUCAAACGACUUUCAUGCUCUCGGAACCGGGCGGUGAUGCGCCGGCGACGUCGCCUUUGCCGCGUGACUCUGCGGCAGCGGAAGCAGCACAAAGAGGAGGAGAGGCGACAUAUAGCAACAUCUCAUUUAUCCCAGAAAAUCCAGAGGGCGAAAGUAUUGCACCAUUCGGCGACGACGACGACGAUGACGAGGACCAUGGCGAGCGUCAAGUCUUUGACCAUGACGAACCCACUGUCAGACAGGACCGCGUCGAACAAGAACAAGAAGAAGACGCGGAAGUCGGCCGCCGUCGAGCUUCUGCGCUGACGCACGGAGAGACACUCAUAUCCGAGGGCGAGGACAGCGACCCGGCCGACGCCACGCUGCGCCAACAAGACACGACCAUGAUGACCCCGGGUCACUCGGCGCCGGCUCGCCGGGGCUCCAAACCCAAGAAGAAGCAGAAGCGCAUCUCUCGGCACGGCGCCGAGUACCCGCCGCUGCCGCCUUCGUUUGUACGGCGCGUGGCGCACCGCGCGGUGCAGACAUCGGGCCUGAGCAACCACCGCAUCUCGUCCGACGUGCUGGCCGCGCUGACGCAGGCGUCGGAGUGGUUUUUUGAGCAGCUGAGCGAUGAUUUGGGCGCAUACGCGGACCACGCGCAGCGGACAGUCAUUGAGGAGAGCGAUGUGCUAACCCUGAUGAAAAGACAGCGACAGAUUGGCUCUGAUGCCACGCUCUUUUCUCUUGCGCAGCGGCAUCUGCCCAGAGAGCUCCUUCAGGAGCUGCGAAUGCCGCAGCAGCCAAACUUAAAGGGCCAGCGACACAAGAGUUUGACGCAAUUCGACGACGACGACGAUGACGACGAAGACGCUUCCGAGAUUUCAUGA